AGCGCCAGGGGUAGUGCUAGGUUCUGUGGCAAACGUGCAUCCUUAUUCCCUUCCUGCCUUUGCACAUCGGUAAAGGAUGGACCCUCCCUCCAAUUAAUCCUUAAGCGGUUCCGUCAACGAUGCAGGGGACUAGCUGUGCCCUCCUUUAUUUUGGCUGUUCAUGAAUAAAAAGUAACUAAUUGAAUGUUGUUGCUAAUUUAGAUGAGGUAGUGGUAUCUGUUUCCUCUUGUCAUAUUGAUGCAAAAACAUAACAAAAGUGACUAAAGUUGUGACACUUACGAAACCCGUAAUGUGGAGGUAGUUGGACUAGCACAUCUGUUUAUAAAAGUAUAAUUUAUUCUCUUAAACCUAAGCUGCAUUAGUGUGGACAUUUUUGUACAGAUAUGAAUGCCUCCACACUGGUGGGUUUUGCAAAACCCUCCUACUGUAGACAAAGUCUUGCAGUGCAAAAUUUAACACUCAGUUUGUUCUCUUAUCAAAGAGAAGAUUGUGAGGCAUCAUGGUCCUGAUGUAUUAGUACCUUCACAGGUACCUGGAACUAAAGGGCUCUUCUGCUUAGUGGUGAAAGGUAUAACAAGAAUCAGUGUCUCAAAGUAAAAGUAGGACAUAUUCACAGUGAAAGUGAUCAACUUUUGAAAUAAAUUCCCAAGGGAAAGUGGUGGAUGGGUUCAGAUCAAGACUAUAUGCCUUUCUAGAAGAUAAAAUUUAGUCAAACACAAGUUAUUUGGCCUCAACACAGGGGUAACCAUGAAAUUCCAUGGUCUGUAUUACAGAGGAGGUCAACCCCGAUGGUCUAAGGGAUCCUUUUAAGCUUAAAAUCUAUUAAUUUUACACAGUUGUGGGAUUUAGAAUGCAAUUGACAGCCCAAACCUCCAGAUACAAUUGGCUAUAACAGUGGUUUUCAACCUGUUUAUUACUGUGGGCUGCAUAUGCAGCCCAUAAAGUGUUACCUGGGCUUCAGGUUGAGAACCACGGUACCCCCCACCUAGUCCCCCUCUCCCAAACCCCUAUACCCAGCGCUCUCUGCCCAGGACCCCCCCACAGAGUGGGGCCAAGAGCAGAACACAGGGCAGGGAUCUCAGACCCUGCUGUUGCACAGGGCCAGGGGGCAGCCAGAACCCCAGACUCCGACCCUGCCGCUGUGCAGAGUCAGGGGUGGGGAGGAGCAGCCAGGACCCCGGAGCCUGAUCCUGCCACUGCGUGGAGUCAUGGGGGAGGCAUCUGGGACCCCAUAGCCCAACCCUGCCUCUCUGCAAUGCCGGGCGGGGAGCCCACAGCCUGACCCUGCUGCUGUGCGGGGCCGGGCAGCAGCUUGCAGCCUGGACCCAGACCUUGGUGCUGUGCUUGGAACCCGCAGCCUUUCUCCCAGCCCCUCAGUGCCCCCGAUACAGCUGGAGGGGCCAUGGGGAGGAAGGAAAGUAAUAUCCAGCUGAAGGCAGCAAAUGGGGAGUGGAGAGGGAACAAAGAACAGUGCAAAGCCUGACACAGAAGGAGCAAAAUUACAGAGAUUUGAAGUGCAUUGCCGAAAUACAGAAAGAUGUGGAAUAUAGGUUGCCAUUCACCGUAAACAACCUGACAAUUAAUAUUAACGUCUUGCUUCCUCCUCAGUUUCCUCAAGAAAAACCGGUGAUCAGUGUUUUCCCGCCAAUAAGACAUCACUUAAUGGACAAACAAGGAGUGUAUGUGGCAUGUCCAUUAAUAAGCAAUUUCACAAUGCACUCUGACCUUGGAAAAAUUAUUCAGAGCUUACUGGAUGAGUUUUGGAAGAAUCCUCCAGUUUUGGCUCCUAGCUCAACAUCAUUUCCAUAUCUUUACAGUAAACCAGCUGGAAUGCCUCCUUAUACUCCUCAGGGUUUUCCGUUUCUUCCUCCAUACCCCUCACAAGAAACAAAUAGAUCUAUAGCUUCUGUGCCAGUUGCUGACUCAGGUUACACUACAGACAAACCCGCUGCUCCAUCCUAUGGCUUGAUCACAGACCUACCAUUACCUGUUCCAACAACAGAAGCACUAUUACAGGUGGGCCAGAAUGGCUUCACUUACAAGAUGCCUGAUGUUCCUGAUGCAUUUCCAGAGCUCUCAGAAUUAAGUAUACCACAGCUAACAGAUAUGAACGAGCAGGAGGAUAUUUUGCUGGAACAGUUUGUGAAUCUGCCCCAGCUGAAGCAAAUCAUAAUGGAUAAAGAUGACUUAGUGAAAAGCAUUGAAGAGUUAGCAAAAAAAAAUUUACUGUUGGAACCCAGUCUAGAGGCGAAAAGGCAAACAGUGCUGGAUAAAUAUGAACAGCUUACUCAGAUGAAAGCCACCUUUGAGAAGAAGAUGCAAAGGCAGCAUGAGCUUAGUGAGAGUUGCAGUUCCAGUGCUUUGCAGGCCAGACUGAAAGUAGCUGCUCAUGAAGCCGAAGAGGAGUCUGACACUAUUGCAGAAGAUUUCUUGGAAGGAAAAAUGGAAAUAGAUGACUUUCUUAGUAGCUUCAUGGAAAAGAGAACUAUUUGCCACUGUAGACGAGCCAAAGAGGAGAAACUUCAACAGGCAAUAACAAUGCACAGCCAAUUUCAUGCUCCACUAUAGACUUUCCUGCGAACUAGACCUGCCAAGAGAAGAGUGAACAAACCCAACAAAGCACAUUUUCUAACACCUAUUUGCAAAUAAGCAUUUCAUCAUAAAUGGUUGUAUUUAUAGAACAGAUUGUAUACAGUGCUGGGACUGUUUUGUACAAAUUAGAAUGACUCUUUAUAUUCUCAUUUUAUUCAAGAAAUCCUUCUAUUGCAAUCUUUGCACUAAUAUUUCUUGUAUUUAUUGUUGAUAGUCCUUACCAUAUUUAAGUUCCUGCUGCUAUCCUGCCAUUCUUUAGAGAUUAAAUAUCUAAACAUGUAACUUUGGCUAGCUUUGUACAUUUUAUAAAACAUAAUUCAUACCUUUUGUAUUUUGAAUUUGAAACAUUUGCUUGGGUUACUUUAUGAAGACUCUUGAGGAUGAUGAACUUUGUGGGGAGGAGAUUGGUAACGCUUUUUAUAAUUGUCAGUGAAAUAUCAGACUUCCCUUCCUUGAUGCCAAAAAUCAACACCAGUUUAUUUUUAUUUCAAAUAAUAUCAAAUUAAACGUUGCCUGCAUCCUGUUGAAUAAGUAGAAUCAGUUUAAGGAACGGAUGCUUUGGAAAAAUAUUAUACCAGCAGUCUGUAAAUAUACUAUCUAUUAUACUAAGAGUACAAAUUGACUCUUCAUUCUGAAGUGACAAGGCACCCAUCACUGUGACUAGCUACAGAGCUUUCAGCCAGACAUCAUCUUUCAUUUUAAGCAAAACCAAAGGAAUUUGUUGUUGCACAACAUAAAAAAAAAAUCAGGCCACCUUUUUACAUAAUUUUGGUGGUGUUUAUUGUCUUUCAUCUGAGGAACUCAAAGCACUUUACAAGCUUUAAUUUAAUUCUCACUUCCCUUGUGAGGUGGUAGUUACCUGGAUUUAAUAUACAAGGAAACUGACUUUUCAGUGGCUGUGCAGUGAGUCAUGGUAAGGGCCAUGAAUGGAACCCUUAUCUGGUGAUUUCUAGAUCUUUGUCCUUUGAUCACUAGACCUGUUUGUCAGGUGCGCUUCCUUUUAGGGGAGGGGAUAUAUAUUUAAUAUGCAUGAACUGCAAAUUACAAAGAAAGUUCUACAGGUGAAAAAUGCAACCCUAAGUUUUUUUUUUUUUUUUUUUUAAUGUUCUAGUCUGUCUUGCCACUGAAUUGAGUCAUGAAGUGAAAAUACAGAUUCUAGAGAAAUAGAUACAUUUGCUAUAUCCUGAAUUUUGGGAUAGAGUUAGUUACUGCAAUUCUGUUUUAUUUCUAUCAUAGUUGUAACUUUCUUCAGGAAUCUUGAUAUUGUUCUCUCUCUUCCCCACAUCUCUUCUGAAAAGGUGAAGAGAAGCAGGGUGGAAAUGCAUUAGACUUUCUGAAAAGGGAACUUUUUUCAUGAUCUUGAGUCUGCAGCUACACUACUUAAUCCUGUCAAAUCCGACAAGCUAAACAGGGUUAGACAAGGUCAGUACUUAGAGGUUAGAGUGACACCUACUGGUAGGAAACCUUUAAGUCAGUACUGAAUUGAAUGCUUCCAGCAUUGUGUUAAUAUAGCCGCUGUGUUCCUGAAAAUGCUGGGUUUUUUUGAGCUUGAGGUAAAACUUAAAUCUGACUCUUUGUAGUCAGUAAAGAUCCAUUAGCACUUCUUACAAGUGUAGGAAUAUUAACCCAUAUAUGCUGUCCAAAUUUCAAAUGGGGUAAUAUUCUUUUUACCUAAAUUACAUUGAUGGGUGCUUUUUAAAUUCAUAUAGUUACCUGGCAGUUUUAUUUAGGAAAACUUAUUCUCUGUGCUCUAUACUGUGGUGUGCUGUUUUAAACAGCUGCUAAUAUGGUGGUGGGCAAAGUGAUCCCUGAGCAUAGUUUCAGUUUGUAAACCAGAUAGAGAUCUUACAGGAUGAGAGGUACUAGGCAAAUGAGAGACUAUAUGAUGAUUAUAUUCCUUGUACCAAUUAAAGCAUUACCCUUAAAGAUGACUUGUACAUUUUAAUCCUCAAAAAAACAUUUGAACAUUAAAAUGUACAGCUGGGAGAAGUUUUGCCUCUAUUUUUUUUUGCUGAAAAAUGCAGAUUUGGAUCAGCUAAAACAACUGGUGAAUUUGGAUUGGUCAAUUGGAAAGGGGCACCCAUCAGAGAUGUUGAAACAGUUAACUUCAGCAUUUUUGAAAGUUAAAUGAUUCAACUUUUGUUUAAGAAAAAUAUUUUUGAAUUUCCCUCAAUUUUAUUUUUAAAAACCCUCAAUCUAAACUUAAAUGUUUUAGAUUGACACUCUACUUUUUUUUAUAUUAGUUCGCCGAUAAUUUCAAAACAUUUUUGUUUCAGGCUGACCUGAAACUUCUUUAUUUUAUUUUAUUUUAUUUUUUGCACCUGCACCAAAUAUUACGUUCUUUUGUAGCCCUCAGAGUAUGUUCUACACACUGAUUAAUGAAAGUAUGUGGGUGUGGCUUUCAAAACAAUAAGUAGCUCACAAUUUCCCUCUUACCUUCCCUUAUAGUGCAUGUACAUUAAGUAGAUUUACUGCAACUCCACUCUGAAAUAGCUGUCCCAUUGAGAGUGCUGGAACAUGAAGGCUGCUGUUGGGCCUAUGGAAAGUCUGUUUUCUAUAAUAUUGCAUGUUCUAGGCCUAAUGAAACUUUAGGAAAUGCUUAAUACAGUAUUAGAGAAGACAGACAGACUAAUGCCUGUUGACAGCCUGCACUGCAUAGCCUCACACUUUGUGCCAAAGUAUAUACAGAUGUGUUACACCAAGUGAAAAACGGUGAUAUUCAGAAAAUAUUCAGUUCAGUAAUUUGCAAAUUAGGAACAGAGGACCCAAUUUGUCAUCAGUAUUCCUCUACUUUAGUUGGUUAUGUCUGUACUGCAGUAACUGAUUUAAUUUCUCUAUUUACUGCUGUUUAAUGGUAAUUACCUUAUAUUAACUUCCAUCUCAGCAGUAACAUUUUUUGUAUUUAAUGUAAAUCUCUAUCCUUCUCCUUUGGAUCAACUGACAGCUGACAUGCAGAGCUGAAUUCUCUGUGUAGGGGUCAUAGCACUUCAUAUAUUGAAAAGAUUUCUUCCACCUGCAGUAUAAAGCAGCGAAGUCAAAUACGUUCCUUUGGGAAUGUCUCGUAUACAACAAUAGCUGGCUGACAAGAUCUCCCACUGGGAUUACACACUCUUGAAAGGGGCCAUUUUAACAUCUGCCAUAUACUUCCCAAUCUGUUUCACAUUCUUUUAUUCUAAAGUGAGGUUGAUAACUAUCAAAUUUCACCAGCACUAUGAGCAACAGACUUUAUUACAUAUAAGCAGAUUGUAAGUUACUAGCUGGGUCAGUUGCAUAACCAUUUUAUAAACAGGUUUGGAAUUAAUCACAUGGUUUUUUGCUCUUCAGAUGCUCCUAUAGCUGUACCAUUUUGGACCUUGGCCAAAAACAGGUUAGAAACAGUCAGGGCAAGCAACCGUUUCUUACCAGUCUUCAUUAUUGUUUCCUUUUAAAGACCUAGGAAUAUGUCCCUUGAGGCUCAAAAGUAAGUCUGACUAUAAACCUUGGGGGAGAAAGUUUAAGGUAGUUGUGUAUAUGUACCGGACUGACUAGUGUACAUUGUAAUAUGUGAAACUCUAUAAAUAAAGCUUUUUAAAAUAAUCAA